AGAAGCCCCCACACUGAGCUGCCUCCCGAGCGCAUCACAGGACGACAACAGCUCUCCUCCCCACGCAGCCGCGCAGCACAGGCGCGCGUGAACUCCGCCGCUCCUUUCGCGCACUUUUCCCGCCUCGGCUUUUCCGAUGCGGCGGUAAAAAAGAAAAAAAAAAAAAAAAAAAAAAAAAAAAAAGGAGUAGAGUCUGACCGCGUAACGCGGGCGAUGCGCGGAGGCGACCGCGGCCGAGCGAGCGGCACCGCGGGACGGGCAUGAGGACGGAGAUGGACCCCGGGGAGGUGGUGGUGUUCGCGCUGGUUCUCGUCAUCAUCGUCGUGUCGCUGCUGUCCAACGUGCUGGUGCUCGUCUGCUUCCUCUACAGCCCGGAGAUCCGCAAGCAAGCCCCGGGGCUCUUCAGCCUCAACCUCACCUUCUGCAACCUGUUGCUGACGGUGGCCAACAUGCCGCUCACCCUGGCGGCGCUGGUCGGCCGCGCGCAGCCGGGCGGCGACGCCUUGUGCCAGGCGGCGGGCUUCCUGGAGACCUUCCUGUCCACCAACUCCAUGCUGAGCAUGGCGGCGCUGAGCAUCGACCGCUGGGUGGCGGUGGUCUUCCCGCUGCGCUACCACUCCAAGGUGCGCCACAAGGACGCCGCGCUGGUGCUGGGCUACACCUGGGCGCACUCCGCCUCCUUCUCCAUGGCCGCCGCCGGCCUCUCCUUCCUGGGCUACCAGCGCCUCUACGCCUCCUGCACGCUGGCGCACCCCAAGGCGGGCGGCCGGACGCAGUUCGUCGUCUUCACCCUUUUCUUCCACUCCUUCACCUUCUUGCUCUCCUUCGUCGUGCUGUGCGUCACCUACCUCAAAGUGCUCAAAGUCGCCCGCUUCCACUGCAGGAGGAUCGACGUCAUCACCAUGCAGACCCUGGUGCUGCUGGUGGACAUCCACCCCAGCGUUCGCCAGCGCUGCCUGGAGGAGCAAAGGCGACGGCGCCAAAGAGCCACCAGGAAGAUCAGCACCUUUAUCGGGACCUUCAUGCUCUGCUUUGCUCCGUACGUCAUCACCAGGAUGGUGGAGUUGUUCCCGUGGGUCCCUAUCAGCCCUCACUGGGGGGCCAUAUCCAAGUGUCUGGCCUACAGCAAGGCGGCGUGCGACCCUUUCGUGUACUCGCUGCUGCGCCAUCAGUACCGGAAGACGUGCGCCGACAUCGUCAACCGGCUGCUCAAGCGCCGCUCCUUGAACGCGGCGGCGCGCGGGUUCGAGAGCCAAGGCAGCAGCAUACCCAGAGUUGAGUGAUGGGACUAAAGUGGGGGACGCGUGUGUGUGUGCUCUUUGGGGAAAUAUGUUUUACGGACAAGGAGGACAUUUAUGGACAUCCUCAUGCAGACACAAUGGUAGCUCGGACUGUAUUUUACAGUACUACUAGUAUUUAUUUAUUUAUGUCUCAAAGAGUCUUGCUUUGCUGGCGCAGUAAAAUGUAGCACUGAAAGCUGCAGGGCAUUUUUAUCCAAAUUACCGUAAAUACUUUAAUAAUAGCCCAGCUGUUUUUUUUUUUUUAUAUAUAUACCUGAACCACAAACAGAAUUAUUAUAAGCAGAAAUGUGGUCAGAAGCAAAAGAGCCAGUGUUGUAACUGCUGAGUCGGCAUUAAUGCUGCAAAUGAGUUGAUGCGAGCGUGAGUUUUUAAAAGCUCACGCAUGGAUCGAUGAACCCGCUCACCAUACGUCAAAAAAAAAAAACCCACUGCCAUUUUGUGGGGCUGGUAAAACUACGUCGGGAGGUCGCCUACAGCCACGGCUGUUCGUGUUUUAUUUGCGGAGUAGAGGCAUUAACUGGAGUUUAAAUUAACACAAAGGAUGCUUUUAUUUUGAAAUGAAAUUGAAAUGUUUUUCCGUAGCAUUGUCAUGAACUUUUUUGUUUUCUUUGCAAUGUGUCGACUUAAUUCUUAUGAAAUGUUAACUUCAGUUCUUACAGCUAAUAUAAGUAUAUAUCUAUUUUUAAUGUUUUAUAUUACAUUACAUUACUAAUAUAUAAUAUAUUUUGACUUUGGUCCCAUAAAAUGCUGCUUUUUUUCUUGGAUUGUCAACUCAAUUCUCAUAAUUAUUUGCCAGUAUUAUCGUAAAAUUAAUAAAAUAAUUGCCAAAAUAUACCAUACAAUUAACAUUUUUGUUUAUUGGAUUACCAACUCAAUUAUUAUAAUUCUUUGUCAGUAUUGUCAUAAAAUUAAUAGAAUAAUUUCAAAAUAAAAUACAUAUUCUUAUUGGAUCCCCAAAUCGGUUUUAAUUUUUUGUCGGUAUCAGCGUAAAAUUAAUAAUUACAAAAUAAAAUAUAUGUUUUUCUUGGAGUACCAACUCAGUUUUCAUAAUUCUUUGUCAGUUUUAUCAUAGAAGGGGAUAGAAUAAUGACAAAAAACACAAUACAUUUGAACACUUUUUUUUAUUCACAACUCCAUUCCCAUAAUUCUUUGUCAGUAUUAUCGUAAAAUUGAUAAAAUAAUUACAAAAUAAAAUAAAUGUUUUCUUGGAUUCCUAACUGAGUUAUCAUAACUUUUUGUCAGUAUUAUUGUAAAAUUAAAGUAAUAAUAAAAUUAAAUAAAAUAUUUCUUGCAAUUCCAACCCAAGUUUUUUGUCAGCUUUAUUGUGAAAUGAUAAAAUAAUUACAAAAUAAAAUGUUUUUUUUUCUUAGAUUCCCAACUUAAUUGUCAUCAGUAACAUCGUAAAAAAAAUAAGAUACAAUCAAAUUUUCCCCCCCAAAUUAAUUCUUACAACUUAUAUCUGCAUUAUUGUAAAGUUGAUUAAAUACUUAGACUUUUUCUUGGAUUCACAACUCAAUUCCCAUAAUUCUUUGUCAGUUUUAUCGUAAAAUAAAUAAAAUUAAAAAAUAAAAUAAAUGUUUUCUUGGAUUCCCAACUGAGUUCUCAUAAAUUAUUUGGCAGUUUUAGUGUAAAACUAAAUUUUUCCCAAAUUAAUUCUCACAGAUUAUCAGUAACACGGUAAAAAAAGAAUAAUAAAAAAAAAAAUAUCAGUAUUAUUGUAAAAUGAAUAAAAUAAUUACAAAAUAACAUACUUUUUUCCCCCAUUGCAUUCCCAACUCAAUUAUCAUAAUUUUUUGUCCGCGUCAUCAAAAAAAUGUAUCUUUUAAAAAAAUAUAUAAAUUGGAUUCCCAACUCAAUUCUCCUAAUUCUUUGUCAGUAUUAUUAUAAAAUGUAUAAAACAAUUACAAAAUAAUUUUUUUUUUCCCCCCAUGGAUUCCCAACUCAAUUCUCACAAUUUUGUGUCUGUAUCAUCAGAAAAUGAACAAAAUAAAUACACUUAUAUAUAAUUUUUUUCUUGGCUAAUUCACACACUUCUUCAUAAAGUACUUUCCUGUAAAUAUAAACACAUAAAAUAGGAUUAUGUGCAGGAAUUGGUGUUAAAUAUUAAGACAGUUUCUUUAUGUGGAGUACUGUAUGACAACUAAUGCCUUAACUGUUAUAUUUCAUUAUAUUCCAUAUUAGUAUGUUCCACUCACACACUUACUGUAUAUGAGAAUUAAGUAAUGCCUUAUUACCUCUACUCAUCAUCUAUUUCGAUGUCUCUGAUGCUUUUACAUACUUAGGGAACAUUAUUGGUGUGUAAGAAUUAUAUUUUUGUGUCUUGUUGAGUUCAGCUCGGUUGAUGUUUGAAAAAGUUCCCUCUGCAAAACGCUGCUGACGACGACGACGGUUUUCAGGCUCGUAUUGGAAACGGUUUCAUAUUUUUGUGUACUGUAAACGUAGUCGUCUGAUGCUGUUGUGACUAAUUGUACGCCUGCAGGAGGAAGACACUUGAACGUUAUAUUUAGAUAUUUUUCAGCACUCAUGUGACGAAAUAAUAAUAAAAAAAAGUCCCUGACUGGACUGGACUGGA